UGAUGUCGAAAUUUUUGUCGCGCUGUCCGUGACCCGACUGUCGACUCUAACCCAGCAACACAUUCAGAAACCGCACAUGCAAAUUUUUCUCCUUAUUUCAAGAUUAUCUCAUCCCUAAUCUCCUGAAAUUUAAUUACUUGCGAAUCUUAUGAAUAGAAUACAGAAAUCACGACAUUUGGAUGCUUCCCGAGUUAAGUCAACACCCGCUCAAGUUCCCAAUGGUCUGUACAGCAACCCAAAAUCACUGCUGAAUCUUGGAGAAAACGAUGAAGAUGGAACUGAAACUUUCCUCAAUCUUCAUCUCUGUCCUGAUCGUGGGAUUGAUAACAUGGGCAGUCAGAAUACUGAACUGGGUGUGGUUCAGGCCCAAGAAGCUGGAGAAACUCCUGAGAAAACAGGGUCUCCAGGGGAACCCGUAUAGAUUCCUUCUUGGAGAUAUGAAAACAUUAAUCUCAGUAACGAAAGAAGAACAGACGAAAUCAAUCCAGCUUUCCGAUCAUCUGGCGCCACAUAUUCUUCCAUACUACCACCAAAUCAUUAACGAGUAUGGUCAGAAUUCUUUCAUAUGGUUUGGGCCUUCUCCGAGAUUGAACAUUACUGAUCCACAGCUUAUGAAGGAGAUUUUGACCAAACCUGAGGUAUUCCACAAGCCACUUCCUGACCCUAUCGGGGAAACAAUUGCUGGAGGCCUCCUGUUUCUUGAGGAUGAGAAAUGGGCUCAACACAGAAAAAUCAUCAACCCCGCCUUUCAUAUGGAGAAGUUGAAGAAUAUGGUAUCUGCAAUUCGUUUGAGUUGUUCAAACAUGGUAGAGAAAUGGGAAUCCAUGUUUUCCAGGAGUGAAAGGUCCCUGGAAAUCGAUGUGUGGCCUCAUCUUGAAAGCUUAUCAGGCGAUGUGAUUUCCAGGACAGCAUUUGGCAGCAGUCAUGAAGAAGGAAGAAGAAUAUUUGAGCUCCACAGGGAACAGGUGAAGCUGGUUUUAGAACUCCUGAAGUUCUUUUUCAUCCCUGGAUGGAGGUUUGUCCCAACCAAGGCAAACAGAAGAAUGAGAGCUAUCUCCAAAGAAAUCCAGUCUUUGCUACGGGGUAUUAUCAACCAAAGAGAGAAAGCAAUGGAAAGGGGAGAAACCGUUGGCGAUGACUUGUUGAGCACAUUAAUGGAAUCAAAUUUAAAAGAAAUUGAAGAACAUGGGGGGAAGAAAAAGGAUGUGGGAAUGGAUAUUGAAGAUGUGAUCAAUGAGUGCAAGCUAUUCUACUUUGCAGGGUCAGAAACCACUUCACUUUUGCUGGUUUGGACAAUGGUUAUGCUGAGCAAACAUCAAGAAUGGCAAGUUCGUGCAAGGGAAGAGGUUUCGCAAGUUUUUGGCAAGAACGAACCAACUUUUGAGGGCCUAAACCGCCUCAAAGUUGUGACGACGAUUCUCCACGAGGUUUUGAGGCUAUACCCACCGGUUCCACUGAUUACCCGAGCCCCGACGAAGACUCUGAAACUAGGAAACAUAACUCUACCAGUAGGGGUGGAUUUGAUACUGCUAAUAGGCCUACUUCAUCAUGAUCCCAAGAUUUGGGGCGACGAUGUGAAUCAGUUUAAACCAGAGAGGUUUUCAGAGGGAAUUUCGAGUGCAACGAAGGGUCAGUUCUCCUUCAUACCAUUCAGCGCAGGGCCCCGGGUGUGCGUGGGGCAACAAUUUGCGAUGAUUGAGGCAAAACUGGCUUUGGUUAUGAUACUGCAGAAGUUCUCAUUUGAGUUAUCAUCUUCUUACUUGCAUGCUCCUUUCUCAAUUCUCACUCUCCGGCCUCAGUAUGGUGCUGCCCUGAUUUUGCACAGGCUCUAAUCAACGGCGGCUAUUCAUUUUCUUUUAUAAAUUUUCAGAGAGAAUUUUAAUAAAUACAUAACUUUUGGUGUUGUGAAAUUAUGUAUGAGAGUGAAAAGUGGUGGGAUUGAGAUUAUAUAUGAGCGAAAGUGAAAAGUGGUGAAAUGAUAAUCUUUUCCCUUUUCUUGUUUUGUUUGUGAAAAAGAAGUGGAAUCUAAAAGAUGUGAGAAUUUGUUGACGUUGGA